AUGAAUACACUUCCAAAAUAUGUACUUGAUCGUAAAGUUAUUAUAAAUAAUGAUCAUGAACAUUAUAUAAGUGGAUAUAAACUUGCUAAGGCUAGCGAAUUUUUUAAACGUCAACUUGUUCAAUUACGUCAAAAUGAAUUAGAAAAGUAUCAUAGAAGAAAAGAACAAAACAAUGAAUUAGUAUGUGAUACACAUCGUAUAAGAGCUAGAAGUUUAUGUGAUCUUGAAUGUGAACCAUUGAUUGUUAACUAUUCAGAUAUUUAUGGAUUAGAAUGUUUAUUAUCAUAUAUUCAUUGUAAUAAUAAUAUUUACAAUAAUAUAUUAAAUAAACAAAUCAAUUCAUCUACAGUAAAUUCUAUGCUUAAAACAGGCUUAUACUUUCAAGUACCAAAAUUUAUUAAUUAUUGUUUACAAAUAAUUCAAAAUGAUAUCAAUAAAAAUAAUUGUUGGAAUUAUUGGAAAUCUUCAAUUGAAUUAAAAGAUGAACUUUUAGAAUUCUAUAGAAUAACAUCAUGUUAUUUAUUAGCUAAUUUUAUAGAAGCUGGAGAAAAUGAAGAAUUUCUUAAGUUAAACAUUGAAGAUUUGAAAAAAUUACUUAAAGAAGAUUCUCUUAAUUGUUCUAAUGAAAAAUUAUUAUUUAUAUUAGUUGAACGAUGGAUUAAUUAUAGACUAACAGAAAGGCAAUUGUAUAUUUCUCAAUUAUUAAAAUGUUUACGAUUAGGUAGACUUAAUGAGAAAGAAUUAAAUGAUUUAUUCACAAAUCGUUUAAUACAAUCAGCUUGGAGUUCUUGUAAUUAUAUUAUACAUAUGUUAACCUUUAAUCCAAAUAGUUCAUUAACUCUUAGAUCAAGAGAUGAUAAUGAACUUUAUGCAUAUCUUCAUAAACCACGCCUUCCAUAUUCUGCAAUUUUUGUUAUUGGUGGAUGGGAAGGCAAUCAAAAUGAUCAUAAUUUUAGCCCAUCUAAAACAAUUCAAGUGUAUAAUUCACGAAAUGAUACUUGGCAUCGUAUUAUUUCUGAUAGAUUAACUCUUAAUGAAGGACAUGCUUAUUCAGGUUGUGUUUUAUAUCAAACACAAAUAUAUAUUAUUGGUGGCUAUAUAUCAAGUGGACCAACACAAACUUUAAAAACUUUUGAAUUAACCACUCUUACUUGGAAAUUUUUAUCACCUAUGCAUGAAAAAAGAAAUUAUGUGUGUACAUGUAUAUUAGACAAUGUAAUUUAUGCAAUUGGAGGACAUAAUGGGAAACAUCGACUUAGUUCUGUUGAACGAUAUAAUAUUGAUCAAAAUUAUUGGUGUUUUGUUUCUCCAAUGCAUCAGAUACGUAGUGAUGCUGCAGCUGAUUCACUUCAUGGUCGUAUAUAUGUUGUCGGUGGUUUUGAUGGUCAUCAUUUCUAUAAUUCUGUUGAAAUGUACGACCCAUAUACAGAUCAAUGGUCAUUAGUAGCCCCUAUGUAUAAUAUUCGAAGUGGUGUUAGUCUUAUUGUAUAUGGUGAGUAUUUAUAUGCAAUAGGUGGAAAUGAUGGACUUCAACGAUUACGAACAGUUGAACGUUAUAAUCCAGAAACUAAUCAAUGGCAAUUUAUGCCUUCUAUGAUUCAUCAAAGAAGUAACUUUUGUAUUACUAUACUAGAUAAUAUGAUAUAUGUUAUUGGUGGUUGGAGUGAUGAAAGUAAUUCAACAUUAGCUUUUGUUGAACGAUGGUCUCCAAGUUUAUCUACUCAAUGGGAAUCUGUUAGACAAUUACAUUUACCAUCUAAUAUACUUCCUGUAUCAAUCAAUAAAUAA